AAAGUACCUGAAAACCCAACUAAUUUAAGAAAUUUAUAGAGGAGCAAACGCCUCAAAAUUUGAAGUGACUCAUUGACAAAUAAAAAGUGACAAUUGCAGUUGAGCAGCUUCAGUGAAAUUCGAUGUACAAAUUCUUCACGAAAUCUUAGUCUUUUUGGGCUAAAACCUGACGUCUGAUAGUUACUAAAUGGUUAGUCCAUAAACCAUCUAUGUAAAGUAAUUCUACAGAUGGUACCAGCAGAAAUGUUAUCGAACAAAUGUACCUUCAUAAAAGUAAUACUCUAUUCUGGAUUCAUAAUAAUUGCGAUAAAUGGAACCAUUUUUGAAGAAUAUUUUAUGAUGUGAUAAUUGUUCUACCUCCAAUCAGUGAAAUAGGAAAAUAAUUCGAGAUAUUCAGAGAGUAUAACUAUUGAUGAGUUAAUUUGUUCUCACAUUAUUCAACAAUGUAUUCGAAAAACCGUUUGAUGGACGUUUCGUGAGUUGUCCAACGAAAACGACAGCAGUAUGUAAAGACCAUUCAGAAUGUGUGAUUUUAUUUUGGAGCGAUAUAAUACCUGUGACAAAAUCGUCAGAAUAUUACUCCGAUAUUGCCCGAUAUGGUCAACAACGAGAUUGCAACUUUCCGUCAAAAUAUUUUUACAGUGUUACGCGUCAAUCGUUGGUACAGUAAUUAGUUUUGCAAGUUUUCAUAAAGCCUUCGCUACAUCGGAUAUCAGCACAAUGACAGAAUGUCUAGUUCCUGCAGUUACCCUCCUCGCAAUUCCUAUCAAGCUGAUGGUGACGGUGAUUUACAAACAUACGUUCAUAGAUAUCUAUGAUCAAUUAGACAGGGAUUUGCGAUUCUAUUGUGCUGAUGAGGCAACUGUAACUCUGAAUAAAAUGUCUGUCAAGAUGUUCUCUCUAUCGAUGAAAUUUCUGUUCAUAUGCUACAAAGCACUGGUGUUUAAUUACAUUAUAAUUCCUCCUUUUUUCAUUCUCUAUCAAAUUAUAACUGAUGUAAGUCCCGUUAGAUUGAUAUUCCCCUAUCCAGGUACUUAUCCAGAAAUAUUUACGAGCAAUUGUAUCAUUUUUGUUGUUGUAUAUCUCCUGGAGACAAUCAAUGUCAUAGUGGGAGCCUCAACUUCUCUCGGGGACGAUUGCUUUUUCGGACUAGUUGUGUUCCAAAUGUGUACUAUUUUAAAUGUUCUAUCCAAUCGAGUGAAAAAUGCUAAGGAGAACAAUGAGCUAUUCACCACACUCAGAGAGUGUAUUGAUAAGCAUUGCCAAUUGAUGGAUUUUGCUCACCGAUUGGAACCCAUUUACGCGUUAAUAGUUCUUCCUCAGAGAGUGACAGAUGCCAUCGUAAUAUGUGCAACUAUAUACCAAAUACAUGAGAUUUCAGGUUUCGAUGUAAGUCAGAUUUUGCUCUAUAGCAGUUGGCUUGCAGUCAAAUACCUGCAACUAUUAACGACUGCUUGGUAUGGCUCGAUGUUGAUUACAGAGAGUGAGAAACUGAGCACUACAAUUUAUUCGUGCAAUUGGCCGGAUUUUUAUAACAAAAAAUUCAUGACAAACGUGAUUCAUGUUCUGCAGCAGAAGUCCAUCAUGAUAAAUGUUUAUGGAUUUUUCGUCAUAUCCAUUCCCAUGGCUUCAACGGUCAUUAGGGCUUCGUUCUCGUAUUUUUUCUUAUUACAAUCUUUUAAGUAAAAAAUUGGAGACAACUGGAAAAAUUAAACAUCACAUAUCGUUCCAGUGACGCUGUUAUAUUUCAGUUCAAAGUAAAUUAAUAGACAUA